AAUUUCAUUGAUUUUUUUUCAUAUAUGAAACAUUGAGUAAAAAAUGUUUAAAUUUCGUCAUCUAUUUACGUUAUUUAUUAUUGUUUUUAUAUUGAUUUUUCUGCAAUCAAUCGAAUCAAUGAUAAUGUCGUCAACAUAUUCGACUAGGAUCAAAACUACAUGGAAUAAUGAAUCGAUUCCUAUUGAACAGUACAUAUCACUUUCUAUGCAUUAUUCGGGUGAAGAUUUAAUGAUAUUGAUUCAUGCACCAUUCUACAAUGAUCCAGUAUUACCUGAUUGGUCAAAAAAACCCGGUACAUUUGAUAAACUUUAUAAUUAUGAAGUUGUCGAAUUAUUUUUAUUAAAUUCCAAUAAUGAACAUUAUCUGGAAAUUGAACUUGCUCCACGUGGUCAAUAUUUACUAUUAGAAUUGAAUGGCUAUCGUAAUGUUACACGUACACCAAUUUCAUUGAAAUCCUAUAAUGUAAAAAUAACAAACGAUAAACAUUGGUCAGGUCGUGCAAUUGUUUCACAUGAUGAUCUUCCAAAUGGUAUUGAUAAAUUUAAUGCAUACGCUAUUCAUGGUUCCGGUUCAAAUCGAACAUAUUUAUCAUUAUUUCCGGCUCCUAAUAAUAAUCCAAAUUAUACUGAACCGGAUUUUCAUCGAUUAGAACUUUUUCAAUCGAUUUCAUUAUUUCGUCCUUAUAAUUGAAACAGAUUAAAUUUUUUUUCAAAUUUUGUUAAA